GGGCUGCAUCGGGACCAAGACGCCUCAAGCCGUCCCAAUGAACGCGAUCGUCACCGCUGCCUAGGCUCCUCUGAUCUCCUUGCAAAAGACAAGCAUGGCUCCUUCCCCACUUCCCGUGGCCAACUCCACAGAUUCUUUCUGGAGGACGGAGCUCCACCCUCUCGACGACCACCGGAGCACCCCGGACCUCCCGGAUGCAGUUGAUAUCGCGGUCGUUGGUGCUGGAUAUGCAGGUGCCUCAGUGGUGUACCACAUCCUCCGACAGAGUAGAGAAAAGAGUGUUUCGCCGCCGUCGAUAGUCAUCCUCGAGGCACGGCAGGCAUGCUCGGGUGCCACUGGCCGAAAUGGCGGCCACCUUAAGCCUGACCCAUACAACCGCCCAGCCUCCGUGGCCGUCUCCCACGGCUUCGAGGUAGCAGCGGAAUGCGCCUCAUUCGAGGCAGAGACGCUCGCCGCUCUAAAGACCGUCAUCGAGGAGGAGCAGAUAGACUGCGAAUUCGUGUUGACGCGGGCCGUCGACGCGCUGAUGACAGAUGCCAUCAACGAUCGCAUGAAGGCGGGCUUCGACCUUCUCCGCAAGGCUGGCCUGUCCGUCAUGAAGGACGUCUCCUACGAGGGAGGCCCCGGCGCGGAGCAGCUCUCCGGCGUGAAGGGGGCCAAGGGGUGCGUCAGCUACUCGGCCGGCCACCUGUGGCCGUACAAGCUCAUACUUGCCCUGUUGCAGAAGGCAGUGGAUGCUGGUGUGAACCUUCAGACGCACACGCCUGUUACGGGGGUGUCGAAGGAGCCGGAUGCGGAGGGGUACUACACGCUGACAACGAAAGAACGUGGCACUCUGAGAGCAAAGAAGGUGGUCUACGCCACGAACGGGUAUACAUCUUCGAUCCUCCCAGAGUUUGAGAACAAGAUUGUCCCUGUCAAGGGAAUCUGCAGUCACGUCGUCCCCCGGAAAAAGCCCGCCCCCCACCUGCCAAACAGUUACAUCAUACGGUGGUCGCCGACCGAGUACGAGUAUCUUAUCCCACGGCUAGAUGGGAGCAUAGUUGUCGGUGGCGCCAGGGAGAGAUAUUACCACGACCUUCACAGCUGGUACAACACCGUUGAAGACGACAAAUUGAUCACGACGGGUGGCGCGCACCAUCAUUUCGACGACUACAUGCAGAAGAACUUCAAGGGCUGGGAAGACUCGGGAGCAUACACCCACAAGGUUUGGACAGGCAUCAUGGGGUACUCAUCGGAUGGGUGGCCUUUCGUCGGGCCUUUGCCGAGUCGACCAAAACAGCUAGUCAUCGCUGGUUUUACGGGCCACGGCAUGCCCCAGAUAUUCCUCGCCGCCAAGGCUGUUGCCAAAAUGGCUCUGGACGACGUGGAUUUCAAGAGCACCGGCGUGCCAAGGUUAUACGAGCUGACGCAGGAGAGGCUGGACAGCAAACAGAACGUCAUCCUCGAGAGCUGGGCAGCUUCCAAGCCGCCGGAGCCGAAGCUCUGAGUACAUCUACCGGCCGGUUCUUUUCCAGGGGUACCUUCGUCUGGAUUCUAGGCAUGCCAGGGGCUUACCAGGACCUUGGUCCGUUCAUCCGCCUAUUCCGAACAAAUGUGAGGCUCGGCAAAGGAAGGAUGCUUGUAGACUUAAAUCGCAGUCGAAGAUUUUGAUACACCGUAGAUUAUGAAGAACACCGGUUGUGGCACACAACUUGAAGAGUCGCGCUGAAGUCCUUGAUGAUAUUUCUAGGAAGGGCCUGUAUCUUGUGUCUGUUCAGGUGGCGUAUUAACAAGUACAAGUGAUCUCA